AUGAACAGUGCACAGCUGACUUCUGACAUCCUUGAAUCCCCGGGAGAUGUGCUGCACCCAGAAACGGCGAUAGAUCUGGACAAGGGUAAAAAUGAAAAGGAACCCCACACUACAUCGGUGCCAGUCCAUUGUUUCAACAUUAAACGUUAUGAUGGACCACGGAACAAAAAGAACGAGCCUAGUGGGCCUGGUAGUGCGAAAUUAAUCAACGGCGACAGGUACGAAGGCACGUUUCGUAAAGGUUUGUUCCAUGGAAGCGGAGUCUUGAAAGAACGAACCGGACAUCGCUACGAAGGUGGCUUCCGGAAGGGGCUCCGAAAUGGACGAGGCACACAGACAUACCCAGACCGUUCCUCGUACUGUGGCGAUUGGAGAAAGGGAGCUCGGCAUGGAUAUGGCGUAUAUAAAUACGCAAACGGGGAUUGCUUUGAAGGAAACUGGUGCAACGGUAACAAACAUGGCAUCGGAACGUACAACUUCGCUGAAAACGGUCUAAGGCUACGUGGAUCAUGGAAUGCAGGAACACUGGCUGGGCCCGUGGAAAUAUUGUUCGGUAACUUGUGGUUUCAUGGCAUGUGGAAUGAGGUUGGCCUUUUGGAUAGUGUCGAAAGUGUGUUCAACAUUGCAUGCAAAUACCUGUUGCGCGGUGUUAUUCGUUGCGGCUCGUUCGAUGAGUACGUCUGGUCACCGAGCGCUAUCGAACGGUACAGUUUUGCUAGUCUGCCCCUAGAACCACUUCCAGCACCCAUACCGCUCAUGGUUAAAUCGGAUUCCAACUGCUCCGAUGAAUCUGUAACUGACAGUUUGAAAUGUGUGUAG